UAAAUACUUCAAAUUGGACUCACUCCAACUGCAGUUCACCGAUACACAAUAAUAUAUUUGAUCGCUAUGAAUGCUUUUGUAUUUACUGGUCUACACCUACGAUUGAAUUUUCGUCGUUCUCAGGUGAAAAAAUGAGCUGAUAAAAUCGAUUCAAAAAGAAUGAACCUUUUUACUUGAAUUAUUUGUGUUAUCUCUGUAGCUUCAAUACCAACCGAAACAAGUGUGAUCACUUCCUUUCCUUAUGUUGUUUCUUCAAGAACAACAACUACUAUUACUACUGUCCCCUCAACAACAACUACUACUAGUGUCCCCUCAACAACAACUACUACUAGUGUCCCCUCAACAACAACUACUACUAGUGUCCCCUCAACAACAACUACUACUAGUGUCCCAUCAACAACAACUACUACUAGUGUCCCAUCAACAACAACUAAUACUAGUGUCCCCUCAACAACAACUACUACUACCCCUUCACCAAUUUAUUAUAAUUCAAGCUCUUGUAAUAAUAGUUCCUUAUUACCAGUGAACGGCUUAUGUAAGCCAAUCGACGAAGUGCAAAAAGAAGCUUUUCAAGCAAUUCGAUCGAAUGACAGCUGUCGGGACGCGUCCACCUUAGCAUAUUAUCUUGCAACGUACACUGAAGCAAUUGCUCGUCAGAAUUUUUCGUCAAAUCUAACUGAACAUUUGUCACCCGAGGAAAUCGAUGAAAAAGUUGGAUGUCUUAACGAUACUGCUAGUGUUGUUAGGAAUACAUCAUUUUUAAUAUCAACACCAUUGAAGAAAGGAGAGGAUGCUGUCAUUGGUGCUUGGCUUUUAACAGAACAUGGUGGUGGUAAUAUAACGCAUUCGACUGUUGAUGAAAGACUGAAGAACAACUUUUCAGCUGCAGCUGUUAUUCAAGUUGACUCUUUGAUUGAUGCUACGUAUCUCAAGUUAUUUUUGAUUGGCAUUCCCAAGGAUUAUCUUAAUGUGAGCACUUCAAUGAAUGGUGUACUUGUUUCAUCAGUUAUUGUUGCUAGCCUAUCGAACACAACACAUACAUCUGGACGAAUGAAUAUUUCAUUAUAUUUUCAGAAUCAAACUACCAAGGUGAAAAAUAUUUCUGAGGAUAACUUUCUUUGUGUAUAUUACGAUAACAAAACCAGGUCAUGGAACGAUACAGGUUGCACUAAACCCAAAUAUAAUUCGAAUUUCGCUCGAUACGAAUGUAAUUGCAAUCAUUUAACUUCAUUUGCUCUUCUCUGGUUAUCUCCAAGUAGUCUUGAUGCUAAACUCUCAGCUGAAGAUAUUGCUUCUCUUGUAUUUCAGUCCAUUUCCAUCGUCUGUUUUUUAGCUUUAAUCAUUCAUAGUAUUGUUACUAGCGUCAUUAAUCCAAACAUGAAACUCCGAGCAAUGAAUUUACUUCCAGUAAUUUCCUCUGGAAGUACGACUCUUCUCUUUAUUUUCUUUAUUGCACUUGUUUUAACUGUUCAUACAAAACCUCAAUUACCUGCGGAGCAAAAAUGUUUUACUAGCGCUACAAUUCUAAUGUUUUUCACCUAUUUCUUUUUAAUAUUUAUGUUCUGUACGAAAGCUAGUAUUGGUUAUUUCAAUUAUAUUCAUUUUGUUCGCCUUUUCCCACCACCAUCAUUCAACAAACUUUACAGUUUAUUAAUUAUUUCAUUCAUAUUUUCCAUUAUACUCGUUGUUUUUGCUGCUGGUUUCUAUUCAAAUUCUUCAUUUCAUAUUAUUAGUUUACAUGCAAAUAAAAUUUGUUGGUUUGAAAAAAAUGCUAUCUAUUAUUUUUUGACAAUACCUGCUUGUAUUUUUCUCUUAUUUAAUAUUUCUGUAUUUAUUCUCGUAACUAAACGUAUUGUUGAUCAUGUACGACACGCAACUUCACGUCAUCACUCUUAUCAACGAAUGAAAGAAUGUGUUUUAUUAUUAACUUUUUCAAGUAUUAGUCAAGGAAUUGGUUGGCUUAUAGGUCCGUUUUUACUUGUUUUUGGUUCUGAAAUCGGUAAUAUACUUUCUUGGAUUUUUAUUAUUUGUAAUGGACUGGAAGGGUUUUGGUCAAUUCUUCUAUAUAUUAAAAUUCGAGAAAAAUAUAUGAGUGAACUAAAACAUGAAAUUGCAGUAAUAGACCUUUCAAAAAAGAAACGUUUAUUCAUAAAAAAACAUAAAAAUAUCAAUGAUAUGGAUAAUCGAGCAACAGAUGAUUUGAAGAGUGCACAAUCUCAACUUGUUUUUCAAUCUUCAAGAAUAGACACCUAUUGGCUUUAUAAUUUUCCACCUAUAACUAUUCUUGACUCCAAAACAAGUGAAUAUGAUGCUUAG